AUGCCGGCGAGCGCCGCUGCCAACCGCAGAGCCAACGUAUGGACAGCGCGUAUCAUCCCAGUGAUACUCCUUGCAAUCAUCGGAUAUGCAUCUUGGGUCGUCACCAAGGUCGAAUGCCUCGACUAUCUCCUCAAUCCCAGUCCAUCCUUAGCACUACCACGUCAAACGGCUCCCGCCAUCGCUAUUCUUACGUUGUUCUACAUUCUCCUGCUCAUCCUUCUAAUAUGCUAUGGCCGCCUAAUCCACACGGUCCUAACGAACCCCGGUGUAGUCCCUCGUGGGCCGCAGUGGUAUAUCGAAAAUCAGCGCAAGACAAAAUCCAAUAAUGCAAAUGGUGGCUCUGAGAAGGAAGACAGCCUCGACGCGGACUCAUCAGAGGGCUAUUCUGCUAAAGGGACAUACGCUGAUGCUGAGAGCUACCGCGUUCAAGAUUUCUGGACCAAGGACGUAUUCGUAUGCCAGCACGAUGGCCGACCGCGGUUUUGCAGUGCCUGCUACAACUUCAAACUCGAUCGUGUGCACCACUGCAGCGAGCUCAAUCGUUGCGUAUACAAGAUGGACCACUUCUGCCCCUGGGUGUCUGGCAUUGUGUCAGAAACGUCUUUCAAGUACUUCAUCCAGUUCACCUUCUGGACUGCGGUCUUCUGCUUGUUCAAUUUGGUCCACGUUGCGUAUUUCCUGGCCCAGCGCCAAAGGCAUACCUCCACAUUCGACGUACAUUGGAUCCUUGCAAUCGCCUUCUCGGCGCUGUUCCUACUCUUUGGCUUAGGCAUGUGCGUAUCGAGUCUGCAAUUUGCUUUCCAAAACACCACGACUAUCGAAAAUAUCGACCGGAGAAGUCACGUAUACUAUCUCGCCGUCUACGUAUCCGAGCAGACUUGGACACGACUCGACCAAGCACACCGCGACAACAAUCGAUGGAUAACUUAUCCUCGGCCUCCACAGGAGCAAUUACAGCUUCUCCAGAAUGCUGGCGCUGACUAUCCGGAAGCCACAGUGGAGAUACCGCCUCCUGCUCAGUCCAUCGCGCCAUCCUUGACAACGCAUGCCCCAGCAUCCGUACGAGAGGCGUCUACACAACCGGUCCCGCCUGAGAACAGGAUGUUUGCUAUCUUGGAGACUGAGCCGGGAGAUAAUCCUUUCGACCUCGGUCCUUUCGAAAAUUUCAAAGAGGUCAUGGGAGAGCGCGUUAUUGAUUGGUUCCUUCCACUGCGCAUGUCACCUUGCGCUCGACAUGCUUCUCCUUACAGCAUAUACAAUAUGGGCCGCGUGGUUUACAAGUUGAAAAAGAGGGCAGGUCUCCUGGAAGAGGAUGACCGCAGCCGGUACAACAAGAGUCGGCGGAAGAAAAGUCGACGCAGAGCGAGUCAUUCCACGGGUGAAAGGCGACCCGCUAGCAGCAGAGUGUCUGCAGCAUGA